UGUGGUUUUUUAGCAGAGCUGGAAAAGCAAAUCAGCAGCAAAAGUGGCGACCCGAUGAGUUGUGUUUUUGUCGAAAUUACGUUAUAUUUUACGGUGGAAAUGUACGAGAAACCUCACGUCUAAAUUGUGGAAUCCUUUCGUUCGUAAUCACAACGGAACUCGUCGAAAUAUGGAAGGCUUCGAGUACGUGAUCCAGCGUCCACCACAGGCACGCGUCUGCUUCGGUUCCGGAGUUCAGCGUGAAACGGUGCCACUCUGUGGCCCAGCACGGACCCCAUUGAUGCGUCGCCGGCAGCCUGAACAGUUGGGAGAGAAUUUGGCACCCGGCCAUUACGAGCUUACCUACGAUCCGGCCAUACCGGAAACCCAUCCCGGGGUGCGACGACGUGGAGUCAGCAAACGUGGUUUCGGACCGCUGGCAGGUACGACGAUAAGGUUCAAUUUCGAGGAAGUAAGCAACAGUCCGGGCGUUGGUGAUUAUGAGCUGGUCCGGAAACCGGCCAUCAAAGCGAGUGCCAAACCGUUUGGCUCUGGUGUACCGGAUAGGAUGCCGCAGAAUCAGUCGCAGAUUACGCCAGGCGUUGGUACAUAUCGCUUUAAAGCGCGCAAGGACAUCCGCAGUCACUCGUUCGGUGGUACGAUCAAGAUCACACCCGCCACGCGGACGUUCUGCAAACCGGACAAUUUCGAUCGCUGCCAGCGCUGUGAUGAGCGGCCGGAGGUGGAUUACUGGAAGAACUUACGCACCGAGCGGUGUCUCUGUCGACGCUGUAUGGUUCGCGAACUGAACGAGGCCCGGCCUGGUGCAGUGGCCAUGAAACAGAAGACCGCACAGAAGAAGCAGCUUGAUGCGUUAAAGGAGUUUAAGCGUGUACGCCACUGCAGCUAUUACCAUCGGCACGAUAAGACGAACGCCGCGAUACAGUUUGUCAGCAACAAGCAGUUGAAGCGAAAGUUCCGACUGGAAAACUAUCUCUCGGCGUUUGAAGAGUGAAUUGAAAU